AUGACGUCUCAGCUGGAGCCGACCUAUGCUCGAAGUGUUCUUCCAUGUGUUGAUGAACCUGCUCGUAAGGCUAUUUUUAGAAUCAGUAUCGAACACGAUUCUUCGUAUGCUGUAUGGUCCAAUGAAGCGAUUUACCGAACUGAAGCACUCAGUGACGGACGAGCACUUUCACAUUUUGCUCCGACAUUGAAAAUGUCCACAUUUCUACAAGCACUCAUUAUGGCACCCAUAUCUGAUUUUGCAUGUCGACCAGAUCGUUUUAUCGGUACAAACAAUAUCAUAUCAAGAGUAUGCGGACGCGCCAAUAUUCUACCACAAUUGGCCUAUGCCGAUGAAGUAGCCUACAAAGCGUUAUCAUUUUUCAAUAUUUACUUUGAUAUUGAUUAUCCAUUGUCAAAAAUUGAGCAUUUUGCUGUUCCUGAUUUUGGUGCAGGUGCUAUGGAAAACUAUGGCUUGUUGAUCUAUCGUGAAGUAGGCUUGUUUUUCGAUGAGAAGACAGUAUCAGCUUCACGGAAACAAUACAUUACAAUGGUGGUAUGCCAUGAAGUAGCUCAUCAAUGGUUCGGCAAUUUGGUUUCACCAGCUUGGUGGGGUGAACUAUGGCUGAAAGAAGGUUUUGCCAGUUACAUGGAAACACUGGCAGCUGAUUUUAUCGAACCCUCGUGGAUACAAGAAGAACAAUUUAUUGUUGAUAAGAUCUUUGCAUUUAUGGAGCCCGAUUCGUUGCCAACAUCACGACCGAUGAGUAUUGAUUCGACAAAUCCAGCAGAUAUUUUUCAAAUGUUCGAUUCGAUCACUUAUGACAAGGGAGCAACGCUCAUUCGUAUGAUGUCGAUGUUUUUAGGUGCUGAAACAUUUCAACGUGGUGUUCAAACAUAUUUAAAAGCAUUUAGUUUUAGUUCGGCUACGCAGCAAGAUUUGUGGACUUACUUGAGUCAAGCAACAAACAAUACGAUAGACGUCGAACGGAUUAUGGAUGGAUGGACAAGGCAAGCGGGCUAUCCAAUUGUUGAAGUCAAUCGAGUUUACAAUACAGUGAACCAACAGAGAGUCGGCGGUCGUAUGGUGAUUAGUCAACAGCCCUUCAGCCUUUUUUCAGCGACGACAAAACAAGACAAAUGGUGGAUUCCAUUCAAAUACUUUGAUCGAACAUUUUCCCAGCCAUUGACUGGAAGUGAACUUGUAUGGCUCAAUGAUACAUCAACAACAUUGAAUAUCACUACUGCAGACUCAGACUGGGUCUUGGUCAAUCCGGGUUAUCUCGGCAUCUAUCGAACAAAGUAUGAUCGGCAAAAUUUUCGCCUAAUUAUUAUUCAACUUCAAACUGAUUACACACGCAUCCCGACUAUUACUCGAGGUGCUCUGAUCGAUGAUACCUUUGCUCUGUCACGCACAGGUCUUAUCAAUGCAAAGGACGCCUACGAACUGAUUCGAUAUUUGAAGAGCGAAACUGACUUUGUUCCGUGGAUGGCGGCACUUUCAGCGAUGAAUCAACAAGAAGAGUUACUUGCCGAUCGCGAUAUUUUGAUUGAUGUACAACGUUACUUUCUUGAACUUGUUCUUCCUAUUUACAAUGCGAUCGGAUGGGUACCAAACGACAAAUCGACUGAAUGGCUUGGGACUCUGUUGCAACCGAGUAUUGUGUCGGCUGCUUGUCACUAUGGUGAUCCAGAAUGCAUUGAAGUAGCACGCAAUGCCUAUCGUCGUUGGAAUUUGAAUCCUACUCUUAAUCAAAUUCCGGCUAAUCUACGUUCGAUCGUCUAUUGUACAGUUGUUCGUGAAGGGUCACGAUCGGAAUUUAACUUUUUAUGGGCUUGUCUUCAAACAGAAUCAAUUGCCAGUGAAACAUUGAAUCUACUCGCAGGUCUCGCCUGCACACGAGAUCCAUCGCUGAUUAUUUGGUUUCUCGAUCAACAUUUAACAAAUGAAUCUAUCAUUCGUGAUCAAGAUGCAUUAUCGUCAAUUGAAGAUGUUGCUCGUUCACCGGCAGCAAAUCAAAUUGCCUGGAAUUGGAUUCGUGACAAUUGGCAAACCCUUUUCGAAAAAUGGGGAAAAUCAGAUAAUACUUUAGGUGGAAUUAUCGAAGCUGUAUCGAGUCGAUUUGUUACCGUUCGACAACGAGAUGAAUUUAAAACAUUUGCUGAUUUGAUUAUUGAUAAAGGUACCGCGUCUCGUCAGUUUCAAUUGUCCAUUGACAGAAUCAACGCAAACAUAGAAUGGAAUAGAGCAAAUCUCGGUUCAAUCAUCGCAUUCUUUCGUUCAAACAAUGAAUCAUCCAUUCUUAGCAAUCGUUUGCCUUCAGAUGUCGUUCCAAUACACUACGACCUCUAUGUAAAACCAUACUUGAAUAUUACAAAUGAAAAUCUUCGCUAUUCCGUAUUUGAUGGGCGAGUUCGUAUUCAUCUCAAUGUAACUCGCACUACUGAUCGCAUCGUUUUACAUAAACGCUUUAUUAUGGUACAAGAACCUAUUGAGAUAACCAAUAAUGUAUCAGUAAUAUUAACAACAUUCAAUCAAGAUCUGGACUUUUUCAUUAUCAUACUCAAUCGAUCACUCCAAGUAAACGAGCAACCAAUCUUAACAUUGAAUUAUGCGGGCGAACUAAAAAAUGAUACAAAUGGUUUCUAUCUUAGUUCUUAUGUACGAUCGUCGGAUAAAAUUCGACGAUAUUUAGUUGCUUCACAAAUGGAGCCGAUUGCAGCACGACGAGCUUUGCCAUGUUUUGACGAACCUAUUUUCAAAGCAACAUUCACAGUAACAGUCGAACAUGAACAGCAGUAUCGAGCAUGGAGCAAUAUGCCUGUUGAAAGUAGCACGACCCGACCAAAUGGUUGGCUGUUGACACAAUUUCAAAGAACCGUACCAAUGAGUUCGUAUUUACUGGCAUUAGUCGUCGCUGAUUUCGAUUGUUUGACACGAAAUAACACGGGACGUUUCCAAAAUAUUACAACAAGUGUAUGUGCUCAAUCAGAGAAAAAAGAUGAUUUACACUAUGCACUUGAAAUAGCAACGCAGAAUAUUCGUGAUUUUGAAGAACAAUAUCAAAUUAAUUAUCCACUACCGAAAUGUGAUCACAUUGCUGUGCCUGAUUUUGAUGCCGGUGCUAUGGAAAACUUCGGAUGUAUCCUUUAUCGUGAAACACGACUUUUCUAUAACAAUCGUACAUCGUCGUCGUCCAACAAGCAAAGUGUGGCAUUGGUCAUUGCUCAUGAACUCGCUCAUCAAUGGUUUGGUAAUCUUGUUUCACCUGCUUGGUGGGAUGAUUUGUGGCUUAAUGAAGGUUUUGCAAAAUGGAUGGAAUUCGUCGCCACAAAUAAAGUUAAUCCAACAUGGGAUUUAUAUCAACAAUUUAUUGUUCAACGCUGGCUUGCCGUCAUGCAAGAUGAUGCUGUGUCCUUUUCACAUCCAGUGAACAUGCAACUUACACGCAACGAUCAACUGACAAGUAUUUUCGAUGCCAUUACCUAUUCGAAAGGUUCUUCAUUACUUCGAAUGAUGAGCAAUUUUAUGUCUAAUGAGAUUUUCAACAAAGGUGUUACACGGUACCUCAAACGUCAUUUGUAUUCAACUGCAACACAGAUCGAUCUCUGGAGAGCAUUGGGUGAACAAAUGUUCGUUGAUAAUAUACAAUUACCAAGUAACACAAGUCUCGACACGAUCAUGAGUACGUGGACAAAUCAAAUGGGUCAUCCGUAUGUUCAAAUCAUACGUGACUAUACAACUGGAAGUGUGACAGUGAUUCAACACCAGUUCUUGUUCAAUUCAGAGGUACAACCACCCCAAUCGCCACACAAAUAUCUAUGGUAUAUUCCACUUCAAUUCAAGUCCUCGUCAAUAUUGUCAUCAAGCAUCGUAUGGUUCAAUCAGCCACAGAUGAACGUGACAACGGGUAUAAACGUGAACUCGAAUGAAUGGCUUUUAGGUAAUCCAAACUUAUUGGGAUUCUUUCGCACAAAUUAUGAUGCACGAAAUUGGAAGAUGAUCAUUGAACAGCUCAAGACUGAUCACGAGAAAUUCACCGUUAUUGAGAGAGCAGGUCUUGUCGAUGAUGCAUUUAAUUUGGCUCGAGCAAACAUCUUACAAACAACACUUGUAUUCGAUCUACUCAGUUAUGUUCAUUCCGAAUCUGCAUAUAUAGUUUGGGAACGUAUUAUUGCCGGUCUUUCCUACGUCGAGCAAAUGAUUGCAUCGAAAAAUUUGGAUAUCAUGCUAUACGAACAAUUUCAAUCUUAUAUGAUCGACCUUAUCUUUCCCAUCUACACUCAACUUGGCUGGCAACAACAAUCAUCAAAUACUACUGAAAAAUGGCUCGAUGCACUUCAUCGAGAUUUGAUUGUAUCGGCAGCGUGUCGCUACAAUUUAGAUGAUUGUGUUCAACGUGCUCGAUUGCUCUUCGAACAAUGGUUCAAUCAACCUUCGAAUAAUACGAUCAAACCCAAUCAUCGCUCUGUCGUCUAUUGUACAGUUGUUCGUUUAGGCAGUCGAGCCGAAUUUCAAUUUCUCCUUCGCCAAUACCAAGAAUCGAGCGAUUCACAAGAAAAAGCCAGAAUACAGUCGGCAUUAGCAUGUACACGUGACUUAGAACUCAUUCGAUAUUUGUUCCAAAUUCAUAUCAAUUCUCAAUUGAAUAUUAUUCGACGGCAAGAUGCUCUCACCGGCAUACGAGCAAUCUGUCGAAACUUCGUUGCAGAAACCGAAUGUUGGGUAUUUGUACGUUCUGCAUGGCGGCAGUUGUUUAAAGAAUUUGGUGAAUCAAUCAGUUUUGCUGAUGUCAUCAAAGACGUUACAGCACGAUUCAAUACCGAACAACAAUUAGACGAAUUUGAACGGUUCUUCGAACAGAUAACAGAUGCGAAUGCUGUCGAAUUUCAAGCGACAAUCGAACGUAUUCGUGCCAAUAUUCAAUGGAUUGAAAAGGUAAAACCCAAUUUAGCCGAAUGGUUUAUGAAUCGAACAGUUGCAAUUCGUCUUCCAUUCGAUUGGAUUCCAUCUCAAUAUGUACUUCAUUUUGACAUACGUCUCCGCACGACUUAUCCAAACAAUGCUGAUCCGGACAUGGACACACUUUUUAUGGGUCAUACCCGUAUUAUUGUUCGUUGUAAUAGAUCGACCAAUGAAUUUCGAAUUCAUAUGAAACAAUUACAAAUGUCUUAUGCGACGUUGAAACAUCGCGAUACAUCAAACAAUUUAAUCAUCGAUUGGACAUGGAUAUCACAGUCAGAAAUAAUCAUCUGUCGAUUGAGAGAACGAUGUGUAACCAACGAAUACUAUGUGUUUGAAGCAGAGUAUACCGCCAAACUGAGUCGAGAUAUGGCCGGAUUCUAUUUAAGUCGAUACAAUAUUUCAAAUGCAAGUGCAGGUGAUAUCAUUACGCACAAUAUUGCAGCCACUCACCUGCAGCCGACCAUAGCUCGGACAGUAUUUCCAUGUUUUGAUGAGCCAGCAUUCAAAGCCAAAUUUAAUAUCUCGAUUACUCAUGAUCCCAGCUUUACUGUCGUUCGAUCGAAUGGUGCUAUGUUCCAUGGAAGUCAACCAAUACAACAGCCCGAUGGUCGCUUGCUAUCUCGUUUCGAAGAAACACCACCCAUGUCAACAUAUCUUAUUGCAUUUGUUCUGACGGACUUCGAAUGUGUUACGAGUGUGACAUCGGCAAAUAUUGAAGUCAAUGUCUGCGGACGGCCCGAAGCAAUCCGUAAUGCUGAAGGCAAUUUUGCUCUUGAAGUGAGCACAAAAGUAAUACCCUACUAUGAACAGUCAUACAACAUGUCAUAUCCACUCAGCAAAUGUGACCACUUUGCUUUACCUGACUUUGCUAUUGGUGGUAUGGAAAAUUGGGGUCUAAUCACGUAUCGUGAGACGGCUCUUCUCUACAAUAAUGUAACUGGUAGUCUGGGGGAUAAACGACGAGUAGGCGAAGUUGUAGCGCACGAGUUAGCUCAUCAAUGGUUCGGCGAUAUUGUCACUCCUCAAUGGUGGAAUGAUCUUUGGUUGAACGAAGGUUUUGCUUCAUGGGUCGAAGUGCUCGGCCUUAAUCAUUCAAAUCCAGAAUUUCAGUCUUUCGAUACAUUUGUCACCGUGGUCGUUCAUCGAGCUCUGGUCAUGGAUAGUCUCUAUUCGAGUCAUCCAAUUAGUGUUCAAGUCACUCAUCCAGACGAAAUCAAUUCAAUAUUUGAUGCCAUUUCAUAUGACAAAGGUUCGUCUGUUCUUCGCAUGAUCUACACUGUUCUCAAUGAAUCGACUUUCUUUCGUGGAAUCAGCAACUAUUUGAACCAUUUCCAAUAUGGGAAUGCUGUGCAAGAUCAACUCUGGACCUUCCUAACCGAUUCCGCCAGUGCAUCAGUGCUUGCCAAUCAGACGGUCAAAACAAUCAUGGAUACAUGGACUCUUCAAGAAGGAUAUCCUCUACUCAUUGUCGCACGUAACAAUGUCGACGGUUCUAUUUCACUCUCGCAAAAACGCUAUUUACUCGAUCCUUACGCAUUAAAUCAAACAUCAGUCUAUGUGAAUCCAUUUACAUCCUUUCCAUUUCAAUGGUACAUUCCUUUUAAUUAUAUGACUUCGGUGGGUUUGUCAUCAUUUGAUUGGCUCGCUCCAAAUCAGACCCGUAUUCUUUCUAAUAGUGUACCCGCUACUGACUGGAUUGUGUUCAAUGUCGACGAAUUUGGAUUCUAUCGUGUCAAUUAUGAUGAAUUCAACUGGUUAUUGCUUAUUAAUGCACUGAAAACUGAUCGUACUUCUUUCUCAAGUGUCACACGUGCACAACUCAUCGACGAUGUAUUCAAUUUGGCCCGAUCAGGUGAUUUAAAUGUCACCUUUGCAUUAGAACUCUCGCUCUAUUUGAUCAAUGAAACCGACUACAUACCCUAUUCCACAUUUUUAAUCAAUGUUCAAUAUCCAUUGUUAAUGUUUAGUCAAGAUGAUGAAAGCCCCGCGUACCAAAAUAUACAAAAGUUCAUACAAACUCUCGAAAAAGCAAGAUAUGAUGCAUCUAGCUGGUCGAUUGAUACAGAUCCACAAUCAUUAGACUAUUUCACUCGUCAAUUGCGUGCUCUCAUUAUCAGAGAUCUUUGUGCCAAUGGAUAUGAUACAUGUAUCAAUGAUGCGGUUGAACAUUAUCGUCGAUGGCGUAGAGAUCCAUAUACUCAUCCGAUUGCUCCUGACAUUCGAACCGUUGCUUAUUGUCAAGGAAUCAAAAAUGGCACAGGUGAUGAUUAUGAACACAUGCUAGAACUAUAUAAACAAACCAACGAUCAAGUCGAAAAAAAUCGUUUUGGCUAUGCCUUGACAUGCACACAGAAUAUCAUUCUUCUCGAACAAUUGCUCAAUACGACGUUGGCCAAUGAUUAUAUUCGCCUUCAAGAUGCAUCGAGAUUCAUCAACAAUAUUCGUCUACAACCCGGUGGGCAAAAGCUUGCUUGGCGUUUCAUUAGCCAACAAUGGGCAGAACUCGUUGCCAAAUUUGGGAGUGUAAGCUUCACUCUAUCAGACAUUGUCGAAAAUGUCCUCGAAUAUGUGAAUACCCAACAAGAGUUGGAGACCGUUCAACAAUUCAUGGCAAACACGGCUGAUCUAUCGACAGCCGAGCGAGCUUUUCUGUCAUCUAUCGAAAAGAUUCGAGCUAAUAUUCGAUGGAUGGAUACCACUGGGCGAGAUACCGGUGCAUGGCUCGAUGACUAUGUUGAAACAGAUUCGAAAAAUUCAAAAUCAGCAACAAAAUUGUGA